UUUUUUAUCAUUACACAUUGGGCGCAAAAUUAAACUCAAAAGCACCCGAACACACACAUGAAAACUCAGAUACACUCGAAUACAGAAUUGAGUACGGCUAAGAUUAUCUGGUUUAGUUUGAUCUGAUUUCAGGGUUUUCUUGCAUUCUUGUUUCAUUAAUGUUCUGACUGCCUUAUAUAAUCAGAAGCAGCAACAAAUUAAUCAAGAAAAUGGUAAAGCAGCAAAUGAAAACUAUGGAUAACCACCACACGAAAAAGAUUAAGAGAAGCUCAAGAGCCGAUAGAAUCAGUAAUUUGCCGAGCCACAUCAUAGACAAAAUUUUAAUUUGUCUGCCGAUUAAAGAAGCAGUGAAAACUAGUGUCUUGUCCACAAAAUGGAGGUUUAACUGGAGAUAUCUUUCCAAAUUGGUAUUUGAUGGUACUUUAAUUCAGACAUCAGGAAAUCCUUCUACUGAAAACCGCAGCAUUACUAAACCCUUUUUUGAUAUGUAUAAGGUUCUAUUACUUCAUCGAGGAUCCAUAUUCCAUUUUAGUCUUCGUAUUCCAACAUUGAACAUUUAUCCCGAGAUUAACCAAUUGAUGCUAUACCUAAGCGAGAAAGAUGUUCAAGAAAUUAUGUUUAAAGUUUUUAGUUGCUCCACAUCAGUGCCAUCAUAUCUGUUCUCAUGUGUGACAUUGAGGAGCUUGGACUUGUCCAUAUGUAAGUUCAAAGCUCCAUCGGCAUUCCAAGGGUUUGUGAAGUUGAUUUCUCUUAGGUUUGAGGCGGUUCAUUUUGAAACUGACGUGUUUGAAACUUUCAUCUCCAAGUGCCCAUUACUUGAAAGACUUUCUAUAAUAGGAUGUGACAAUACUAGUAGCCUCCAUAUUGACAUUCCUUAUCUUAAGUUCUUCCACUUCAUGGGUAGAUCAUCUUCUAUUUGUUUUAGAAAAACUAGUCAGCAUCUUUCAACGGUUAUAUUUGAUGGAUACAAUGCUGGACCCUCGACUUAUGAACCAACCAAGCUUUUGGAAUGUGCACCUGUGAUCAAGCACUUGCAUCUCGGACCUGGUUAUGUGGAUUGGCUGCUAUAUGGAACUAUGUGGAGGAAGCUUUCCCUUGGCUGUCUUAGAGUUGUUGAAGUGCCUCGCUUAUGUUUUGGGUUUACAGAUACUGUCUCUUCUGUUCUUUACUUGAUUGUGAGCGCUCCUAACUUAGAGAAGCUUGAUAUCGGGUUUCUUAUGAGUAUGGAUGACAUACAGCCUCUUGCUCCAGAACUAUUAAAAGUAGAAGACCUCUUAGAUAAUGCACUAAAAAAGCUUCGAGUGGUGAACUUACGGCUCUCACACAGAAAAGAAGUAAAAUCUGAUCUUGAAUUUAUCAAAUUUAUAUUGGCUGAAUCAGUAGUACUUGAAAAGAUGUCUAUACGGCCUGCCUUUGGAACAGUUGCUAAGAUCUUAAAACAGAUACUUCGACUUCAACGUUCAUCAAAGAAAGCAGAAAUUUUAUUCUUAGAUCCCUGAUGAUGAUCGGGACUGUUGAUAUUGAUAGUGGUGAAGUGAUGCUUAGGUUAGGAUGUUAAUUUUGUCCGAAAAUGAAUACGAGGUCGGUUUUAGAAUUUCAUUUUCUUUUUUCAUCAAAACCAGAUGUAAAGUUUCUAUUUGGAGUUGUAUAUAUUCUUAACACAAGUUCCCUUUUGAUGUGAAUGAGUAGGUUGAAUUAA